AUGCAUCUGGCUGCGUGGACGCCAUGGUGCGUGGCCCUUGCGGCCCUGGCUGCAUUGCCGUCGUCGACGGCCGCUGCCUCGUCCAAGAACAGCAAGAAUGCCAUUCUCCUGUCCAAAGUCCAAUCGUUGACGCUGCGCGCCGGGAAAAUGACCACCCACCGCCGCGUCGCCGCCGUGCCGCAGCUCAGCUGCACGGCCAACCCCCAGCGCCUCUGCGACCUCUUCACGGUCGAUACCAUGCGCUGCACCAACCAGGGCAGUGGUUACGAUGCCGAGGACAUCCAGUGGUCCUGCACGGCGUCGCUGCCGCCCGAGUUCAAGCUGGGCAGCACCGACGUCGUCUGCGAAGGCUACAGCUCGGCCGACGAUCCGUACGUCUUAAAGGGCAGCUGCGCCGUCGAGUAUCGCCUGGUGCUGACGGACUUUGGCGAGCGACAGUACCCGGACCUGGCCGGUGAGGCGCGCAAGACCAGCUGGGGCGCCGACAAAACGUUCAACUGGGUGUUUUGGUGCAUCUUUGUGGCCAUUGCGUUGUGGAUCCUCUGGGCCAUGUUCAUGGGCGACGGCGCCCGGGAUCGAGGAGAUAGGAACAACCGGCCGGGUGGUGGAUUCUGGGGCGGCGGCGGUGGUGGAGGAGGUGGAGACGGGCCUGGCUUCGGCCCGGACAACGAUCCACCACCUCCGUAUCCAGGAACAAAACAGUGGGGAGGCCAGCAGCAGCAACAGGGCUGGCGGCCAGGUUUUUGGACAGGUGCGGCGACCGGUGCGACAGCGGCCUACUUGGCCAGUACCAGGAACAACCGCAACAACAGGGACAACAGCAGUGGCUACUAUGGGGACCAGUACGGCGGUGGGAGACGAGGUGGGAGUACUUGGGGUGGAAGCGGAGGUGCCGGACCAUCGUCGUCGUCCUCAUCAGUAUCGUCGGCUCGACAGCCUAGUACAGGCUUCGGAGGGACGCAGCGCCGGUGA